AUGAAGUUUCUCUCGUGUUUCCGCCGGCCAUUAGAAGACCCAGAACGUCCCCUCCUCAACGACGGAUACCAGGCGGGAUGCGUGUUCUGUACCGUGUCCAAGGACAACGGCUUUGCUGUUGAAUACGAGGACGAGGAGCUCAUUGUCUUCCGAGACCGCUGGCCGCGCGCGCUGGAACACCUCCUCGUCAUUCCGCGCCGACACACCGUCUCGACCGUGCACGAGUUGACUGCCGCGGACAUUCCCUUCAUUGAGCGCAUGGCUGCGCGCGCACGUUCCCUCCGACCCGGGAACGACGUCAAGCUCGGGUUCCACAUCCCGCCCAUGUCCAGCGUCCACCACUUGCACAUGCACGUCCUGGUGCCGCCCUUUACGCUUCUGGGCAAGGUGCAGUACCCUGUGAGGAUGGGGGAGGACGGGGGCAAGAAGUGGACGUGGUUUGUUACGCCGAGCCAGGUCGUGAGUAUUCUGGAGAAUGGAGGCACCAUUGGCCUCAAGGCGCGUGCUGGCAAGAAGGCAUAG